UAAUUGUAAGUUUCUUAGAAAGUGGCUUGCCAAAGAGAAUCCCGUGACCAUGUUUGUUGCCAUAUGCAUAUAGUUUACCUGACAAUACAAACCAGUUAGUGCAUCAGCAUCAUCAUCAUCAUCAUCAUCAUUCUCAUUGGAAUGGCUUCUUCAACAUCCUUAUUCGCUCUUCUCCUUUUGCUUUUCCAUGUUCAACAUUCAUCAUCAUUCUCCCUCUCCGUUGAGAAACUGGAAGAGGACGUUAUAGUCUCACCUAACCGCACAUUCACUGCAGGGUUUUAUCCUGCAGGGGAAAACGCAUAUUACUUUGCCAUAUGGUUCACCCAACCUCAUGAUCAAAACACCACCAUCACGGUUGUUUGGAUCGCGAACCGCGACCAACCAGUGAACGGAAAACGGUCCACACUCUCCCUUCUCAAGACAGGGAACCUCAUCCUAACAGAUGCAGGCCAGUCCAUCGUUUGGUCCACAGACACCAACUCAAACUUCCCUCUUGAGAUGCAUUUGCAAGAAACAGGAAACCUCGUUCUCCGAAACCAGAACAACAAAAGCUCUGUUUUGUGGCAGAGCUUUGAUUUCCCAACAGACACACUCCUUCCUGAUCAGAGCCUCAAGAGGCACAUGAAGCUUGUCUCGUCGGUAAGCAAAACCGACUACUCCUCCGGCUUCUACAAGCUCAUCUUUGACGAUGACAACGUUCUCCGUCUUCUCUACGACGGCCCUCGAAUUUCAAGCCUUUAUUGGUAUGAUCCUUGGCUUGUGAGCUGGCAAGCUGGUAGAACCACCUACAAUAGUAGCAGGGUCGCGACGCUCAAUCGUUUCGGGUACUUCAGUUCUUCUGAUGCUUUCGCUAUGAAAGCAUCUGAUUAUGGAUCAGAUCAACUGAUCCAACGAAGACUGACCCUUGACCACGAUGGUAAUGUUCGUGUCUAUAGCCGCAAACAUUACCAUCGUGGUCAAGAGGGGUGGUCAGUGACCGGGCAGUUCCGUCAAGAACCAUGUGUAAUUCAUGGGAUUUGUGGACCCAAUAGUAUUUGUAGUAUUGAUCCAAGCAGUGGAAGAAAGUGUACGUGUGUUCCGGGGUAUAGCAGGAUCAACAAUCGAGAUUUGUCUCGAGGUUGCAAGCCAAAUUUCCAACUUUCAUGCAAUAAUAACCUGUCAGGGUCUCGUUCUCUCUUCCAUUUGCUACCCCAUGUUGAGUUUUAUGGAUACGACUUAGGAUUCCAGAAAAACUACACCUACAAGCAAUGUGAGGAUUUGUGCUUGCAAGAGUGCAGCUGCCUAGCCUUCCAGUACAAAAUAUCGGACGGAGAUACUGUGUUUUCGUGUUAUACAAAGACGCAGUUGCUAAAUGGGCGUAGCUCGCCAGAUUUUCAAGGAUCAGUCUUCUUGCGAUUGCCCGAAAUCGGAGAGUUUUCCCUCAAAGAUAAUGGCUUGGUUUGUUCGAGAAAUGGAGAAGGAGAGCAAGUAGAGAGAGCAUACUCGAAAGGAAAAGAAAAUGGUUCUGUCAAGUUCAUGCUUUGGUUUGCAACUGGCUUGGGAGGGGUUGAACUUGUGUGCAUCUUUCUGGUGUGGUGUUUCUUGAUUAGGAAUAAUACUAGUAAAGACAACCAAGGCUAUGUUCUUGCAGCAGCAACAGGGUUUCAAAGAUUCAGCUACUCUGAGCUGAAAAAAGCCACAAAAGGUUUCAGCCAAGAGAUUGGAAGGGGUGGUGGAGGAACUGUGUAUAAGGGUGUGUUAUCAGAUGAUAGAGUUGCCGCCAUAAAGGUACUGCAUGCUGCUGCAGCAAACAACCAAGGAGAGAGUGAGUUUCAUGCUGAAGUGAAUUUUAUUGGAAGGCUUAACCACAUGAAUUUAAUUGGCAUGUGGGGGUAUUGUGCUGAGGGAAAGCACAGGAUUUUGGUGUAUGAGUACAUGGAGAAAGGUUCUUUGGCUGAGAAUCUCUCCUCAUCAAAUGCACUUGAUUGGGGAAAGAGGUAUAACAUUGCUCUUGGAACAGCAAGAGGUCUUGCCUAUCUACAUGAAGAAUGCUUGGAGUGGAUUUUGCAUUGUGACAUAAAGCCCCAAAACAUUCUUCUUGGCACUGAUUACCAACCCAAAGUAGCAGAUUUUGGCUUAUCUAAACUACUUCAGAGGAACAAUCUCAACAAUUCAAGUUUCUCAAGGAUAAGAGGGACAAGAGGUUACAUGGCACCAGAAUGGGUUUUUAACUUGCCCAUAACUUCCAAGGUGGAUGUUUAUAGCUAUGGAGUUGUUGUCUUGGAGAUGAUAACUGGAAGGAGUCCAAUGACAGGUAUCCAAAAUGGAGCAGAAGAAUUACUACAUCAUGAGAGAUUGAUACCAUGGGUGAGGGAGAUCAAGAGGAGGAAUGUAUCAGAAGCAGGGGUAUCUUGGGUGGAAGGAAUCAUUGACCCUGCAUUGGGAACAGAUUAUGACAUGAAUAAAUUGGAGACUUUGGCAACAGUGGCUUUGGAUUGUGUAGAUGAAGAGAAAGAUGUGAGACCAAGCAUGAGUCAAGUUGCUCAGAGGCUCCAAAGUCAUCAACAUGAUUCUUGACUGUAUGCAUAGCAAUGGGAAUAGACAUCUCUCAUCAGUGUCUCUUUUUCUGUUUAUGUUUCAGUUCCUCAUGAUAUGAUGUAUGUUGUUCUGUUAAGACAUGCACUUUCCUUAGUAAAUUAGUUUUCAAAUCCUUAAAUAGUUUACAGUGACUAUCUCCAUGGUUCAAUUUUGUGCUUCUCAUCACUGUCUUAUUGUUGAAAAAUAUUCAAGAGAAGAUGCACUGGGAGGAGAAGUGCUGUUGUUCCAAAA